CGCGAAUCACCUCGUUCCGGUUCAGUCUUCUGACUGUUAUUAUUAUAAAUAAUGAUAUAGCUGAUUCGAGCUCAUUUCUUCGGUUUACUUCUUAUUCGAGUUUACACUCUGGGAUAUUAAUACAAAUUAUAAUAAUAAAUAACACAAACGCUGAAUAUUCUUCAGGAUCACGUUUAUCCCUUUACGGGCGGUUUCAUCUUUUUUUUUCGACUUAGCUUCAUAUUAGCACUUACUGAAAGAAUAAACAGGAAUAAAUAGAUUUUUUUGUUGUAGGGUAAAAAUGCACAGUUUGUCACAAUGAGUCGUUUACGGUUCGUUUCUGACUUGUACGAAUGCACGUUUUUCUUUUAUUAUUUUAGUUAAUCCGAAUUGUUUGCUAGCAAACGGCUAGCGCGCUAGCGGCUGUGCUAAUCUUAUCGCUAGCUUGUGCUGGGGGAUUGGGCGCCAUAAUAACAACAACAAUGAACAUUACAAAUUCGGUUUUAUUUCUCGGAUGAAUUUGAAACGGUGGAUAUUCGGAGAGAUUUGAGUCGUUUUGCGGAUCUCAGACACACACAUCGGACCUCAUGCAGCACUGACAUUGUGGCCAAGUCGCCAUCUUUCCUUCUACCUCACACUUGGGAAAGACGACAUUUAGACCGACUUUUAUUUAUCUCCUUUUGUUGGCCUGACUUGUGACUAUUGAAGACUUUUUUUUCUCUCUGGCUAGACGUUAAAGUGUAAAGAUUUUUUGCAUUUUUAUUUUGACUGAUGGGACGAGAGGAUGACGGAGGAAGGGGAAUCCCGCUCGGCGAACUCGCAGUUCGCUCUCUCUGUUCUCGACCAGCUCAAGUUGUUUUAUGAUGAAAAGUUACUUACAGACAUCACGCUUUUGGUGGAGGACCAUGAGUUCCACUGCCAUAAAAUCAUGCUGGCCACAUGCAGCUCUUACUUCAGGGCAAUGUUUAUGAGUGGGCUAAGCGAGAGCAAACAGUCACAUGUCCACUUGAGGAACGUGGAUCCCAUAACACUGCAGACCAUCAUUGAAUACGCUUACACAGGAAACCUGGAAAUUACACACAGUACUGUGGAGUUACUCUAUGAAACGGCUUGUUUUCUACAGGUGGAUUCUGUGGUGGCUGCUUGUCGGGACUUUCUCCUGCGCUCACUCUCGGUGGAGAACUGUGUGCGUAUACUAAGUUUGGCCGACGCAUUCGGGUGUCCGGAGCUGAAGCGCAGCGCACAGCGUGUGGUGGAACUGAACUUCCGGCAUGUGUGUCGAGGAGAGGCCUUCCUUCAGCUUUCUCACACACUGCUACUGGAACUACUAGGCAGUGAUGCACUGGAUGUGGAACGCGAAGAGACCGUGCGCCAGGCGGCCGCGCUGUGGCUUGAGCACGAUGCUGCACACCGAGAGCGCCACCUGUCGGCCGUGCUGAGCCUCGUGCGUGUCGACGCUUUGGCCGAGAUCACGCAGCGAGCCUGGUUCCGUGGCUUACCACAAAACCACAAGUCCAUCGUCAUCCAGGGACUGUAUAAAUCCAUGCCCAAGUUCUUUAAACCAAGAUUAGGCAUGACGAAAGAGGAAAUGCUCAUUUUCGUGGACACCGAUCCAGCAAGCGAUUACAACAAUCAUGACUUACAUCGCCCUCCAAGCGAAUUCAACAAUUUGCAUUUGCGUCGCUCCCCGAGCAACAAUAACGACGAUGAUUUACCUUUACAUCACUUGCAUAGCAGUAACGACGAUUCACAACGUGUGAUUACAUGCUACAGCCCUCAAGCUGAAAAGGUGUACAAGCUAACUAGCCCCCCGGAUGGCUUACGCAGAUUCGGAAUCCUCGUCACACCUGAUAACGAUGUGUUCAUCUCUGGAGGCGAACAGCCCAUCAAAAAUGGCAAAUGGAAGGCAGUCCAGAGUUUCUACUGGUUGGAUGCACAGCAGAACUCAUGGGUGGCCAAAGCAACCAUGUUGAGCCCACGUUUACGGCCCACGCUUGUCUUCUGCCAUGGAUUUGUGUAUGCCAUCGGAGGAGGAGGCUGUGACGACAUGGGUGGAAGCCAUGACGAUGAUGUCACGAUGGAAUGUUACGAUCGCAGGAGAGAUGAAUGGAGUGCGACAAGCCCGAUGCCGACCCAUAGCUCCUUGAGCCAAAACAACAUGGCCGCUGUAGCUGUUAACGACUGCGUUUACAUUGUCGUCCACGACGCUAUGUUUUGCUACUCGCCACGUAAUGAUGCCUGGACGGAAAUAAUGGCGCAAAGACAACGAAGCUGUUUGGGCUCUGCCUCCUUUUUUCCUGCCACUGCCACUGCUGCUGUUCUUGGUGACCUCAUUUUCUAUGUUAGCGGAGCAGGAGACGGUGCUAUGGAGAUUUACGAUGCACGCAGGGACGGAUGGCGAACGGUCGCUCCGGUGCCUGUUGCCGACGGUGAUGGCGCGGCUGUAUCUGAGGUGUGCGCGCGCGCUCUGGUUUUGCUCGAUGCACUGUGUUUGUUUGUGCGCGAACGUCAUGGAGGCUACGCGCUAAUACGUUACGAUGCAACCCGAGAGAGGUGGCUCCGCCCUCAGCCCAUUCCCCACCGAGCUUUAGGCCGCCUCGGCAACCGCUUCCGCCUUGUCGUUGCCAAGCUCUACCCCUCCUGCCUCACAGAGUUGCCAUGGAAACCACCCGCCUGCCCGUUCCCACACGAUGAUGAGGGCGAGUUUAGUACGGACGGAGAAACUCUAGAGUUGCCAGAUUUAUAAAACGAGGCCGUUUUGAAAUCCUGACUGUAAGACUGUAACGGCUGCUGGCCCACGUUCCAUCUGUUCUCAACUUGUACAGAAGCGGUGGCCAUUUCGAAGCGUGGAGGAUGUUUACCUUUCAGUAACAGGCGGCUAUUUCAGGUCAAAGCCUUAGUUUUUUUUUAGGUGACUUCCUAAACGAGGUGAAGACCCCCGAAAUUGUUAAUGAUGUCCAAAGUCAUUAGUGCACAGCCGUCUUGGUGGGCACGUUCAAGGAGAAACGCCGGCUGGGAACCCUAAAAAGGUGGCCGAGGCGCUUUAGCACAUACCCAUCAGCGUUUCAUUAGAAUCCGAGGUGUUCUGCUCAAUGAGGGAUAAGCGGUCACCGGAUCCAUCUGUAAUCUACCCCGUCAUGUUUAACUUAUUUGUGAGGUGAAGAGAAACGGUAACAAGCAUUCAGCACGGAUGUGUAGCAUUAAAGCAUUAUUGUUCAACAGGUUUGCUGAUGAGGGGGGUGCGGUAGGGACAAGAAGAAAGGAAACAAUAAGCCCAAGGUAGCAAACGGCUGGACAAUUUCAGUUUGGUCCUCUCGAAUCCACGUUCCAAGGUGCUCAAGAUGGCCGGCACGUUUAGCACAUCUUCGACCUGAAAGCUCUUCGGUGUUAAGUGUAGGCGAAACAUGCAGCCAUUUUGGAUUGAUCUCUUAACGUUACAGGAAAAAAAAACGUUUUUUAGAUGGUGGAAACGUGGGUGUCCCUCAAUAAUGGCCCAUCCCCCCCACCUGUGAUGUCACCACUGACCAUGUGUAUGUAUGUAUGUAUGUAUGUAUGAUGCAGUUGAUGGUGUAAAGCCGAGCUUGUCGUCGCUCCAUGGACUGAUUUCUACUGUACAUUAUUGCAUUAAUUAAGUAUUUCUCAUUUCUCAAUCGAUAAUGACGAUGCACUUGCUUUCAAAUCUUCCACAUUAUGGCUGCCGUGUACGUGUGCACGCGUAGGGUGUUUUUUUUUUUUUUUUUUUAAACAGGAAGUGUGACUGCAGGUUCGGUCAUGUAAAAGUUUUUUUUUAUGUAAACCUGUCAGCUCCGAUCCUUAGUGCGUCUCCGCCAAUCACAUGCAUUUCCAUCGAGUGCUCAUUCUGCAAAACUGCUCCAAAUCUAUUCAUAAGAUGGUUGUGACAUCAAAACUAGCCAUUCCUUUCAUCUCUUUACCUCUGCGUUAGAAUAUCUGAAGUGAACGUCUGCAAGAGAACGGCCAAUUAAUGUUCGCUAAACGCGUAGCUCGAGGCUACACUACACUGUACCCGUCGCCGACCUAGUUUUGCUAAGCUGACCACUUCCUCCCCCACCCAGACUCGACAGGAAGACACGACGGCGUGCGCGAAGAGCUUUUCAGAUCACGGUAUGUCAGUCAUUUUUUCUUCGACCGAGAUGGUUUGGUACAGCGGUGACUGACUUCUCUAGCAUGCAUGCUAGCACCAAUUCAGUGCGUACUGGAAAUGAGAAUGUACGUCCUAUGCUGGGUUUUGCUAGUGGGGAUGUCACUUUAAAUUUCAUUUGAGCCCUUGCCCUUCUUUUACACAAGGGAAUCUGCCAUUUGGCCAAAUUGUAAAAAGCGUUGGUAAAGUGUUAGGAAGUGUUUUAGCUUUGGCAAAGGGACGUGUCCCAAACCAGUGAUGUAUCAAAACGGUGCAUAUUCUGCAGUAGAAAUAGCGUGAGAUGAGAUACUCAUACCAACUAAGCAAGGUCCUCUGGUUGAUGUUGGUUAGUUAGCACAGAAAAUAAACAAAGAGGCUUAGUCAAGUUUACAAUACUGCAUAGUAAAGUUAUUUCUUCGCAUAUCUUGGCUGAAACUGAAGAGCACAGGGGUCAGCAAUGAGGAUUAUGGGGCCCUGCUCAUGGGCCCAAGAGUGGCAUCUUAGUGAGAUUGGGGCUUGAACCCCAACUGAUCAGUAAUCCCAGAGCCUUAACCACUGAGCUACAACUUCCCCCAAGAAUUUAGGUUAGCAAACGGUUGGAAUCAGGUCUCAGGUCUUUUGUCCACUAAUUACUUUUACUAACCAGCGAGCUGGUGGGCUUCCAUACCAACAUUUAUGGCAUUUGGCAGAUGCCCUUAUCCAGAUUGAUUUACAAUUAUCUCAUUUAUACAUCUGAGCAGGUGAGGGUUACGGGCCCAGCAGUGGCAGUUUGGUGGUGGUAGUUGGAUUUGAACUCAUGACCUAUUGAUCAGAAUUCCAACAUCUUUUCCACUGAGCUCCCACCUCCCCUUCCACCUACCAAACAUCCCUGUCCAACACUGAAAUGUUUUUUUGUCAUGUAGGAAAAUAUGCACAGCUUGGUCGGGCCUGAGGAAACAUUUCAUCAGAGUGUGUCUAGAUGAUGGUAGCUCAGAGUAAUGGACAUGCUUUAUCAUUCUAAAUGCUUCGCCUGCUAGCUUACCUGUUGUCACCAAAUAGUAACCACUAUUUUGAUGCACGCGGCCCAAAAAGAUUGUCUAACCCCUAAAACCAAACAGAAGUCUGUUAGAAAGUGCUGGUAACAGAAAGGCGAAACGGUCUACCCCUAGCUUGAUGGCUAACAUCUGUAACCAAGAAAAAUGCGAGCUAGCACUGGUAUGCGGUUUAGGCUUUUGAGGAUUUGAGAUGCACUCUAGCUGUCCAGGCUUUUUUCCCGCGUGUUGCUUGGAACACUCAUCUUGCCAAGACGUUUGAUGUUCUACCGUUUUGUCACAUUGUUACAUGGUGCAAUUGUAGUGGUUUGAGACUCAACCAGUGUCCUGAUCCCUGGUUUGGGACGCAACCCGAGCCUGAGUCUUCUGCCAAACACGCAACUGUCUCCAUUCUGACAUUUAAUGCGAGGGCAUGCGGUUUGGAAUGCAGCCCAUCACUGUGCCGAGUCGUCUGACACCUUGUCUGGGACGAAGCCCACAAGGUCCUCGCCACAAUAUUCCACAGUGCAGCAGUUGAUGGAAAUGCAAGAAUUCUAGAAGUUUACUGUUACCAGAGUGUGUGAGUGUGAGUGUGUGUUUGGGAGGGUUUAAUGGUCAGAGCCUUUGCCACUAUAACAGAGGGAUUGUGGCUAAUGUAUAAUGUUAUACUGUAAUGUUUAACUAGUUACUGAGUGCAAUGAUGUAGAGUUCUGACAUACACUCAGCCGAUCCCUCAGCACUGUACUGCACACACACCUUUAAUUUAUUAUUAAACACCUCACAAACA